CCUCCUGGAGCGCGCAAGUAGCUUCAGGGAGCGCUUGCAAGGCGGGUGCACUAGGGACCAUGGCCCGGGCGCUGGCCGGUCUGGCCUCGCGCUUGCAGGUUCCGCGGGUCGUCUCCAGCCCAGACUCGGACUCGGACACAGACUCGGAGGACCCGGGUCCCCGGCGCAGCGCUGGCGGCCUUCUGCGCUCGCAGGUCAUCCACAGCGGACACUUCAUGGUGUCAUCACCACACAGCGACUCACUGACCCGUCGGCGCGACCAGGAGGGACCCAUAGGGCUUGGUGACUUCGGGCCGCGCAGCAUCGACCCCACACUCACGCACCUCUUCGAGUGCUUGAGCCUGGCCUACAGUGGCAAGCUGGUGUCGCCCAAGUGGAAGAACUUCAAAGGCCUCAAGCUGCUGUGCCGGGACAAGAUCCGCCUCAACAACGCCAUCUGGAGGGCCUGGUAUAUCCAGUAUGUGCAGAGGAGAAAAAGCCCUGUGUGCGGCUUCGUGACGCCCCUACAGGGGCCUGAGGCUGAUGAGCACCGCAAACCGGAGGCCGUCGUCCUGGAGGGGAAUUACUGGAAGCGGCGCAUCGAGGUGGUGAUGCGCGAGUACCACAAGUGGCGCAUCUAUUACAAGAAGCGGCUCCGUAAGUCCAUCAGGGAAGGGGAUCUCUUGGCCCCCAAGCAGGCGGAAGGCGGGUGGCCGCCACCAGAGCGAUGGUGCCAGCAGCUCUUCUCCAGUGUGGUGCCAGUGCUGCUGGGGAGCCCCGAGGAGGAGCCUGGUGGGCGGCAGCUCCUGGACAUCGACUGCUUUCUCUCCGAUAUCUCCGACACUCUCUUCACCAUGACGCAACCCAACUCCUCGCCCCUGCAGCUGCCCCCCGAGGAUGCCUACAUCAGCAAUGCUGACAUGAUCCAGCCGGACCUGACGCCUCUGCAGCCCAGCCUGGAUGACUUCAUGGAGAGCUCAGAUUUCUUCACCAACUACCGCCUCCCACAGACGCCCACAGCUUCAAACUUCAUGGAGCCCCCCAGCUUCACCCCCAUGGCUGACUCCGGCUUUGGCAGUGGGAUCCUGGCCCCAGAGGCACCCCCAGCCUCCUCAGGGUUGCCUCACAUCCCGGGACAGAGUCGCCUGCAGGCUCGAAACAGCUGCCCUGGGCCCUUGGACCCCAGUGCCUUCCGGAGUUCUGACUUCUUCCUUCCGGAAGAGCCCAAGGCCAAGCUCCCACCGCCUUCUGGGCCCCCACACCUGCUCCAGUACCCUGCCCCUGACAAGGUGCCAGGCCUGCAGCCUUGCACUCCAUCUUCCUUCCCUCCCGUUGCUUCAGCCCCUGCUUUGCUGCAGGAGGAGCCCCGCUUCUCAGCUAGGUUCCCCUUCCCCGCAGCCCCUCAGGCGCGGGGAGCAUCCCCGCUGCCUGCUCCCACAGCCUUCCCAGCUACCCCCGUGCAGCCUAUCCCAGGCCCUGUCCCGGGCCCCACCCCCUUCCCCAUAGACCCUCUGUCCUCGGGGUAUCCAGAGCCCAGCUUUAGCAGUCCCUUCGCAGUGCCUCAGGGGGUGCAGCCCAGGGGCAAGCCCCUUGGCCCACCCUCCAGGGAACGGAAGGCCAGUACUACCCCCACCUUGGCCUCUGCUACCACCCAGGGCAGCAACCCCUGCCUCACCCAACUGUUGAGGGCAGCCCCUGCACCCCUCACAGUCCCCCUGUGCACAGCCAAGACUGAGCAAGCCGUGGAACCACCACUUGUACCAAGCACCCUCCUCCGGCCCCCAGGGUCCCCGGAGACAGUCCCUGAAUUCCCCCAUGUCUUUUUUCCCCUGACCCUGGCCUCUAUACCACCCCGGCCACCUCUGGGCCCAGCCACACUGGCUCCUCCUAGGCCCCUGAUUGUCCCCAAAGCAGAGCGGCUGUCACCUCCAGCGCCCAGCGGCAGUGAGCGGCGGCUGUCUGAGGAGCUCAACUGUGUGCCGGCUCUGGGGGCUCUGAGUGUGGGUGUCUCUCCCCCUCCACUUGUCCCGUGCCGGGGCCGGCCAGACAACAGCAAGACUGAGAGCCGGCGCAUCACACACAUCUCCGCCGAGCAGAAGCGGCGCUUCAACAUCAAGCUGGGCUUUGACAUCCUUCACGGCCUUGUGAGCACGCUCAGUGCCCAGCCCAACCUCAAGGUGAGCAAGGCAACCACACUGCAGAAGACGGCCGAGUACAUCAUCAUGCUGCAGCAGGAGCGUGCGGCCUUGCAGCAGGAGGCCCAGCAGCUGCGGGAUGAGAUCGAGGAGCUCAAUGCUGCCAUCAACCUGUGCCAACAACAGCUGCCCGCCACGGGGGUGCCCAUCACACACCAGCGCUUUGACCAGAUGCGAGACAUGUUUGAUGACUACGUCCGAACGCGAACACUGCACAACUGGAAGUUCUGGGUUUUCAGCAUCCUCAUCCGGCCUCUGUUCGAGUCCUUCAAUGGGAUGGUGUCCACAGCAAGCCUGCAUAGCCUCCGCCAGACCUCGCUGGCCUGGCUGGAUCAGUACUGCUCCCUGCCUGCUCUCCGACCAACUGUCCUGAACUCCCUUCGCCAACUGAGCGCGUCUACCAGCAUUUUGACCGACCCAAGCCGUGUGCCUGAGCAGGCCACUCGGGCAGUCACGGAGGGCAUCCUGGGAAGACCAUUAUAGUUCUGGCACACUCUCCAGUGCUCCCCGCCUGCCCCAGGCCCUGGCUGGCACCUUCCUGCACUGUCCCCACCUCUUCGAGGCCAAGAAAAGCUAAGGAGCUCCGUCCUGACUCUGUCUCUGCCCCUGGGAGAUGUGGAACCCCUCUUGGGGUGGGGAGGACUCAACCAACAUGGACCUGCGGCUUUAGCCAUCGUGACACUGGGUGACUCACGGAGCUCAGAUGAGAGCAGGGGACAACCUGGUCCUGGGUCACUCCUGUCUACUUUCUUCAGGGGACACCAGCUACUACAGGGUGGCAUCCCUCAAGCAAGGCCCAGGAGGGUUGAUGCCAGGGAAGGCUGAUGCCAGGGCACCUUGUGUGUGUGUGGAUGUGUGAGUGUGGGUUUUGUAAAGAAUUCUUGAACAAUAAAAGCAAAAACUGUC